UUAUUGUCACCCAUAAAUUAAUUUACUCUUUGAUUGUCACUGUCGUUCGUUUGCUUGCUGUCAUUCAUGCACACAAAAAAUCACAAAACAAUAAAUCUAUUUUACCUAGGUAUCUACGACACGACGUGAUUUUAUUUCACAGUGAGAUUCAGAUAUAAUGGACAAAAUCCCAGAUCAAAUUGGUUACCUAGUGUUAACAGAGGACGGUGCCGUCCUUGAAUCAGGCGGGGACCUCGAAAACGACGAACGUAUCGCUACGAUAAUAACUGAUCUUAUAACUCUGUCCAACAAGGUUGAUCCAGUGGCUUUUACUCCAAAUGAACAAUUUAAGAAGAUAUCAAUAACUUAUGAUGACCACUGGUUUGUCAUUUGCAUUUCUAAUAAAAAGAUUUAUGUGGUAAAAAGGACCAUUCCAAUAUCUACAGUUGAUGGAAAUACAAUUAAUGUUUGAUCUGUAACACACUGAUUCUCUAAAAUGGGGCGUAAUCUAUUGAUGAGUAGUUUGGAAAAUGCAUCUUUCAAUAUCAUAUUCCAAAUAAUGUUCCGUUGUGUCACAUUUGUUAUAAACGCCUGGGUAAUCAGAAAUGUAGGACAUGAGGUGUUGGGCAUAAUGAAUGUUAGGUUGCUAUUGUUAGAAAGUACUAUAUUGUUCCUAAGCCGUGAGCCUUUUAGUCGUGCUUGCAUGGGACAGAAAGAUGAAUUAAGCUGGACUCAUAUUAUUAAUCAAAUUUGGCUCUCGGUGCCUAUCAGUUGUGUGUUAUCAGUCAUCUUUGUUUACAUCUGGUUGAAUUGGCUGCCACUGAGCAGCCCGGAACACAUUUAUCAGUAUACUAUUGGUUGUUGGAGUGUUGCCUUGUCCUGUAUCUUGGAGUUGUGUGCUGCCAACAUGGCACUCAUUGCCCAACUAUUUUGUUUUAUAAAACUGAAGGUUGCCCUGGAUACUUUGUAUAUUUUCACAAGAUCGGUAUUAUUUGUAUCAAUUAUUAUCUACAACCAGUCUUUUGCACUUAUAGCAUUUUCUGUGGCACAAGUAGUAAGUAUAGGAAUAAUAGUGUUAUUAUAUUAUACUUUCUUUUACUGGUACAUCAAAAAUAAACCUCUAUAUGCAAAGGGUGCUCUGAAGAGCAAGUUUAUUCCAGAUGUAGUUUUGCAGAGAUUGUAUAACAAUAUGGAUGACUUCCAAUUUACAUCAUUGAAAGAUUUCAUGCCUAAAUAUUUAGGAUCUGUUAAUUCAACAUUCAACAAAAAGCUAAAUACCCUUACUGUAAGUUUCGCAAAACAAGGUAUUGUGAAGCAAUUGUUGACAGAAGGAGAGAAAUAUGUUAUGUCAAUGAGCCCAGUCAUGUCUUUUUCUGAACAAGCUACAUAUGAUGUAGUGAAUAAUCUGGGAAGCUUAGCAGCCAGGUUUAUUUUUAGACCUAUUGAGGACAGCAGCUAUUUUUACUUUACACAGAUGGUGAGUAGAGAAUUACCAUUGCAUAAGCAAGACCAACACAAAAUUCAAGAGUCAUGCAUGGUAUUGUCUCAGAUUUGUAAAACUGUAGGAUCAAUAGGUUUGUUAGUGUUAGUGUUUGGACAAAGUUAUGCACAUACUCUGCUGCUGUUGUAUGGUGGCGACGCAUUUGUAGCCAGCGGGUUGCCUGUGCAGCUGCUGAGGAGCCAUUGCCUGGCCAUAGUUUUGCUGGCCAUCAAUGGAAUUACAGAAUGUUACACUUUUGCUACAAUGACGAGUGCAGAACUAAAUAAAUAUAAUUACUGGAUGGUUUUCUUUUCUAUAUGCUUUUUGAUAUUAUCAUAUGGUUUGACAUAUAUUUUCGGGCCUGUAGGAUUUAUUAUUUCUAAUUGUAUCAAUAUGUUCGCUAGGAUAUUGCAUAGUAUACACUUUAUAAAUCAUAAAUAUAGAGAUACCGGCUACCAGCCAUUAGAAGGACUAAAUGUUGGCAAGUUUUUUCUUAUAACAUUGUUUAUUGCCGGAUGUAUUUGUAAGAUUUCAGAAAAUAAAUUAUCUAGAAGUUCAAUAAUACUACAUAUCGCUAUUGGAGCAGUGUGCGUGUUAUGCGUCCUUCUUGCCUGGGGUUACGAGAACAGGAAACUUGUUAUAAAAAUGUAUAAAAAAAUGAUGAACAUUCAAGACAAAAAGGUAUCUAGUGACUAGCAUUCAAUUAAAGUUUUGUAAAUUGUAUAAUAUAGAUUUUAUUUGUAAGUUUGUCAAUAUAGUUACUAUUAUAUGAAUAAAAAAAAAUAUAACUUAACAUUGAGUAAAA